AUGCCAUCGGAACUUGGACGACAGGUUAUGUCAGGUGUGGAUCAUAAGAAUGACGGGAAUGCAGCUGCAGUUGCCAUGGUCCGGGUGAUAAGAUAUCGUGCCAAACUGUCACUUGGGCCGUUUGGAGCGUUACGAUUACCUUCCAAGCAGCUGUUGACUACUGUCAUGGACAGUGUCUUUGUCCGGAAUGGUUUGGACAUGAACACAUGGAGUGUGGAUCCGGAAAGACCGCCCCCUAUUGACACCAAGAAACAAUUCUCGGUAUUGUCCUUCCUUCCUUGUUUGGACACUGGUAUGUCUUCUACCAUGGUUCUAUGCGGGGGUAUAACUCUUGACCAAGCGAGGCAACUGGGAAUGAUCAUCUACUAUUUCUUUGCCAUGCUGAGUGCUAAGAAGCCAACCUAUGAUGGUGCAGAUUAUGAUGAUGGGGAUUUUCAGCGUUCCAUCUUCGGUAAUACUCUGUUUUUAAUGUGCAACACUUUGAUGCAGAAUGGGGAUUUGAUGCGAUUGUGGAUGAGGUAUCCGGAAAUGUGUACCACGGAAUACAUUCGUGACCUAACAGAGCUUUUGUACCACUUGAAGUCGUUUGUGGAUUACCGGUCUGGAGCUGAUAUGGGUCAUUAUGGAAUACAUGAGGCUCGUCUUGCAAGUCAUCCUAACUUUCCUUUCAUGGUUGUCUCCUCUUCGAUGGAGAGUCGGCGAAGUACAACUCGAACUGCCCAUCUGAAAUUGGCUAUUCAAAAAUAUCGAGAUGCAAUGUAUGACAAGUGGGAUAAAACCUACUACAGCUUACAGGAUCCAAUCUGGUCGUCCCCUUGUAUUUCUGUUUUUCUACAGGCAUUGAAUCAAGCUUCUGGAGGUUCCGAUCGGUCAUCUUGGAACAAGCUAUUGCACGAUGAUUGCAAUGGUCCUCCUAAGCCUGGAAAAGACAAGGAGAAGGAUAAGGUAGUAUUUGUUAUUGGUACUCCACCUUUUGUGUGGAAUGAAGCAAGGACUCCAAUGAGGGGACGAGAUCCAGUUGUUGCCUUUCAAAGUGCCAAGGUGCCUAAGGGUGGAUAUCCUCACCUCGAAAAACCAAAUAACAAUAUGAAUGGUAAGAAGAUGAUAUACCCAAUCUGCCUGAAUUCUGCUUUUGAGAGCCAUCAAAAAUGUCAUGAUAGGGCAGCAUGUAAAGUAUUUGCCAAACAUGGUAAGCCGGGUAUUGGACGAACUCGAGUCCACAUUGAUCUUGAAGAUGUUAAAUGGUCCAACGCCAACUACCCUGAAGCAAACUGGAAAGACGUUGUUGCUUUUGUCAAGAAAUACAAUGACUAUCUAUUACCAACAGAAGCAUUCAAAAGAUUGA